AUGGCUAUUUCACGUGCAUCGAACGUUCCCCCAAGUGCUUUGACAAUACUUCGAACCUUGGUACCUAAGCCUCCUGAAAAUCUCAGCGUGAGAGACUAUGGAACGAAUCGGCGGAAAACCCGUGCUAGUAAUCCUAAAGUGCGAACCGGGUGUAAAACCUGCAAGAUCCGCCGGCUCAAGUGCGACGAAACCAGGCCAGUAUGUCAGCGGUGUGAAAAGGCGCGGGUGGCUUGUGAUGGAUAUAGCUCGACCAACCAACAAACUCUUGUAGCCAAGUCUAAGCCGAACACAGUUCCAGCCAGUACAUUUGGCCUCCCUUCAAAGGCCACGCACGGGCUCCUUCUCCCGUACCUUCAUCCCGGGUCCAAUCCAUCAGUGGGCAGAUUCACUGGGGAUGAAGUCUCGCAUUUUGACUUCUUCCGCCACAAAUUGACAAUGGAUUUCUCGGGCUACAGCUACUCCGACUUUUGGUCCCGGGUUGUUCCCUGCGAGGCUAUAACAAACGACUGCGCCCGUUAUGCGGUCUUGGCAAUUGCCGCUCUCUCUCAGGGAAUCUCGACUUCAUUAGCAUCUUCUCUAAAAAGUAACAAACUGUCAGCAUUAUUUCCAUGGACCGCGAAAUCCAUCGUCAACAGCCAUCACCAAACCGCACUCCGUCACUACGUCAAGGCACUGUCCAUGUUCCGGAAACAAGUGCACGUGGCAGCCGAGAUCCACUCUCCAAGAGCAGUUUUCAUCAUGACAUAUCUGUUCAUUACCUUUGAGCUGCUACAGGGCAAUAUGGAAAUGGUUGAUAGACUUCUCAAUAGUUCCAUCCAACUUUUGAAGGGCACUCUCAAGCAAUAUCGCCAACAUACCCUACCACGGCACAAUGGAACUCGAUAUCGGGCGGAAGACGAUGUUGAUGAUAUUGAACACAUAUUGUCAUUUCUCUCCAUCAUGGGCGCAGUGACCCCUUUUCUAAAGACCCAACGAGCGAAUAUAGGUCUUUGGGACACAACGGCUAUAGACAAGGUGCCUGAUUUAGAAUCUCGGAGCACCAAGCAACUACAGACAUACUGGGGCCAAUUCUUUUCCCGCACCUUAGCCUUUACCCAGCAAGCAUUCACCAUAGUAACAGAAACACGCGCUACUGGAGUUGACCUGACGUUGCGAAACGUUCUAGAUGUCGGCCUCGCUCGCGCCACUAUGACCAGCGACAAUCGGGCCAAGAUGGCUAUACAGCUGAUGCAGCUACAUCAUCUUAUGAUUUCUAUCAUUGUAAAAUGCUGUCUGGACCACACCGAUAUGAUCUGGGACGAGUAUGAUCACGAAUUUCUCGUGCUUGUAGAACGCUGUUUGGCUUUUGCCGCCGAGACAAGGCCAGGUUACCAUGCGCUCUUCACUCUGAGUAUGGGCAUUCUCUCUACACUAGGGCCCGCUAUUUCCAAAUGUCGAAAUCAUAACAUUCGAAUGAAGGCUCUCGAAAUCUCCCGUCGAAUGCCAUGGCGAGAGGGAACGUGGGACGCCGAAGCCGAGAUAUACGGGAGAAUCGGAGCUGUCUUGCUUGAGGAGAGAGGAAGAAAUAGUGAUGGGUUUAUCUCACCCGAGAAUAGAUGGACCUGGGUUGAAGGUGAUUGGAACCUCGAACGGAAUACACUCAUCGGGAAAUAUGUUCGGAGCAUACCAGACCAGAGCGGAGAUCUUGUCCUGACAUCACUAGAAGUGAGCCUAGACGCGUGGCAUGAUGUAUGCGCUGACAUUUGCUGUCCUGUGGAUCACGCUGCAGGAUGCGGAGUUCUAAAUAGUGUCAAUUAG